GACAAGGUUUAGUGCCACACUGCUUCUAACAUACAGAGCAACAUUACUUAGAAAAAAAAGUUUGUGGGAGCAUUUUUAAUCCAUACAUUUGCCUAUGGCUACAUAAGGAUUUUUCUGAGAAAAGAAGCAUGCCAGAAAACUCUGAAUGCCAGUUUUAUGUCUGGGCAAUUCUAGCCUUCUUGGGUUUAGCUCUGACUAUAUCGCUUAUCUUCAACAUUUCCCACUAUGUGGAAAAGCAGCGACAAGAUAAAAUAUACAGGUACUCCGAUGACUACUUUCCCAGGGAAAAUGAGUAUGAUCUUGAAGACACACCAAUUUAUGGUAACUUAGAUAAUGUGGUCCCAGAACCAGUGGAUGAAAACUGCUAUGAACAAAUGAAAGCCCGGCCAGAGAGAUCUGUGAGCAAACUGCAAGAAGCCGCCCCACCUUCACAGGAAACUGAAGCAAAGGUGUUCUAUGCCUCACUAGAUCACAGCUGUGAGGGGAAGCGCAGAAAGCCCAAGAAACAGAAAACUUAUUCGUCAGACAAGGAUGAGGAUGGGCAGGUACAUGCAACGGAUAUCAACCUUUCUAAGACCACUUUGAUGGACAGUUUCCCACCAGAAAGCCAGGCAAUAGAGGAAAACAUUCAUGAUGAUCCCAUCAGGCUGUUUGGAUUGAUCCGUGCACGGAAAGAAACUGUAAACUAGCUGGACUAUUAUCUAGCUCAGUGAUCCAGCUCUUACUGGAAGUGGUUGCUAAAGAAAUGAAGACCCCAUAUGACACAGCAUGAUAUGUCAGGGUGAUUAGCUGAUCGUCUGUUGGUGGGAUGGUGGCUCACCUUUUAUACAGAGCUUAUGUUAUACACAGCAAAUGGAAUACCAUACAAAUUAGUUAUUUAAAUUAGUUAUUUGAAUUCACUUAACAAAUACUGAUGUAGUCAAAUGUAAAUGAAAUCAAGUUUGCAAAUUGAUCCUGAUAACAAAAUCAUAACUUCAAAACAAUUAUUAAUACUCAGCGAAAUAAACCAAAAAAAAAAAAAAAAGGUUUUAAGCAUAAAUAUGUUCUGGAUCAUGUUGUAAGAGAAAUAAAAGUCAAUGUUUUUUUUUUUAAAACAGUUCUCGUUUCUCAUCAAUGUGAAACACCCCAUAAUUGGAAGAAAUUUCUGACUGAAAGGCAUGGGAGACAUUAAAAUUUAUUUCUAAGAGAAGAGAGAUAAUCUUCUUAAGAAAUAUUUUU